AGAAAUAAAUUUGCAUAUUCCAGAAUCCAAAUCUAUUAUUCAUAACCAUAAUAAUCCUCAUUUCCGUAAGCCAAACAGACCUUUAGCAGUGGCAGUGGCAGCGCUACCGUAUCUCCGAGUUUCAAGCUCUCAACUACAAAUCGCAAACCGUUAUAAAGAGUCGCAAACAAACAGAGCCUUACUGUGGUGUUCGUCACAGAACCAGAGAAAAUAGAGAGAAAAUGGAAGAGAAAAAGAUUAUAGUCGGUGUCUGUGUCAUGGAAAAGAAGGUGAAAUGCGGAGUCGAGGUUUCCUCAGCUCCAAUGAAACAAAUCAUGGAUAGAUUACAAGCAUUUGGUGAAUUUGAGAUUAUACAUUUUGGAGAUAAAGUUAUUCUUGAAGAUCCAGUUGAAAGCUGGCCAAUUUGUGAUUGCUUAGUUGCUUUCUAUUCCUCCGGUUAUCCGCUCGAAAAAGCCGAGGCUUAUGCUGCUUUAAGGAAGCCUUUUCUAGUGAAUGAAUUAGAGCCGCAACACCUUCUUCAUGACCGAAGAGAAGUAUACCAGUGUCUUGAAAUGUAUGGAAUCCCUGUUCCAAGAUAUGCACUUGUGAAUAGAGAAUUUCCAUAUCAAGAACUGGAUUAUUUUGUUGAGGAAGAAGAUUUUGUUGAGGUCCAUGGAGAUCGCUUCUGGAAGCCAUUUGUAGAGAAACCUGUUGAUGGGGAUAAUCAUAGUAUCAUGAUAUAUUAUCCAAGCUCAGCAGGUGGGGGGAUGAAGGAGUUGUUUAGGAAGGUUGGAAACCGGUCAAGUGAGUUCCACCCAGAGGUUAGAAGAGUCAGGCGAGAAGGCUCUUAUAUCUAUGAAGAAUUUAUGCCAACAGGAGGGACAGAUGUCAAGGUGUACACAGUUGGCCCUGAAUAUGCGCAUGCUGAGGCAAGAAAGUCUCCUGUUGUUGAUGGUGUUGUUAUGAGAAAUCCUGAUGGCAAGGAAGUGAGAUAUCCUGUGUUGCUGACACCUAACGAGAAGCAAAUGGCAAGGGAGGUUUGCAUUGCAUUUAGGCAAGGGGUUUGCGGAUUUGAUCUCUUGCGAUGUGAAGGACGGUCGUAUGUUUGUGAUGUGAAUGGGUGGAGUUUUGUGAAAAAUUCCUACAAAUAUUAUGAUGAUGCUGCUUGUGUGCUGAGAAAGUUGUUCUUAGAUGCCAAAGCUCCUCAUCUUUCAUCAACCAUUCCACCUACUUUACCUUGGAAAGUCAAUGAACCAGUCCAGCCUUCAGAGGGAUUAACUCGUCAGGGAAGUGGGAUUAUUGGAUCAUUUGGGCAGUCUGAGGAGUUACGCUGCGUGAUUGCUAUUAUGCGGCAUGGAGAUAGAACUGCUAAACAGAAGGUGAAGUUGAAGGUGACAGAGGAAAAGCUGCUAAACUUGAUGUUAAAGUACAAUGGGGGACGGCCUAGAUCUGAGACAAAACUUAAAAGUGCUGUUCAGUUGCAAGAUCUAUUAGAUGCUACACGAAUGCUUGUACCUCGUACAAGACCUGGUCGAGAAAGUGACAGUGAGGCGGAAGAUAUUGAGCAUGCUGAAAAGCUUCGUCAAGUUAAAGCAGUGCUCGAGGAGGGUGGGCAUUUCUCAGGAAUUUAUAGGAAAGUUCAACUAAAGCCUUUAAAGUGGGCCAAAGUUCCAAAAAGUAACGGUGAAGGUGAGGAAGAACGGCCAGUAGAAGCUUUGAUGGUUCUUAAAUAUGGGGGCGUUCUUACUCAUGCUGGCAGAAAGCAGGCAGAAGAGUUGGGCAGAUUUUUUCGGAAUCAUAUGUAUCCAGGAGAAGGUACAGGUCUUCUUCGCCUACAUAGUACAUAUCGUCAUGAUCUUAAAAUUUACAGCUCCGAUGAGGGUCGUGUGCAGAUGUCUGCUGCUGCAUUUGCUAAAGGCCUGCUUGAUUUGGAAGGACAGCUAACGCCAAUCCUGGUUUCCCUUGUCAGCAAGGAUUCCUCAAUGUUGGAUGGACUGGACAAUGCCAGCAGUGCUAUGGAAGAAGCCAAGGCUAGGUUAAACGAGAUUAUAACUUCUGGUACAAAGGCUGCUAAUAACAUUGGAUCCUCUGAAUUUCCUUGGAUGACUGAUGGAGCUGGAUUACCCCCAAAUGCUUCUGAACUUCUCCCAAAACUGGUGAAAUUGACCAAGAAGGUCACAGAACAAGUGAGAUUACUAGCUAAGGAUGAAUAUGAAGAACUUACAGAGACAAGCUCAUACAAUGUUAUACUCCCAUAUGACCAGGCAAAGGCCCUUGGUAAAACAAAUAUAGAUAUUGAUCGUAUUGCUGCAGGAUUGCCCUGUGGCAGUGAGGGAUUUCUUUUGAUGUUUGCACGCUGGAGAAAACUGGAAAGAGACUUGUAUAAUGAACGCAAAGAUCGAUUUGAUAUAACACAAAUUCCUGAUGUCUAUGACUCUUGCAAAUACGAUUUACUGCACAAUGCUCAUCUUAAUCUAGAAGGGCUGGAUGAACUCUUCAAAGUUGCUCAGUUACUUGCUGAUGGUGUCAUCCCAAAUGAGUAUGGGAUUAAUCCAAAGCAGAAAUUGAAGAUUGGCUCUAAGAUUGCUCGUCGUCUGUUGGGAAAAAUAUUGAUUGACCUGAGGAAUACUCGGGAGGAAGCCAUUAGUGUUGCAGAAUUAAAAAGUAAUCAAGACGAACAUUCAAUGUCAACAAAGUGCGAAAAGGACGAUGCUCAGUCAAAGCUUUUAACUAAGACUGAAGAUACUAGAAGAACUAGCACAAGUGAAAUGUCAAUUGAUCAGGACGAUGAUGAUGAUAAAGAAACAAAAUACCGUUUAGAUCCCAAGUAUGCAAAUGUGAAAACACCUGAUCGCCAUGUCCGGACGCGUCUUUAUUUUACUUCUGAAUCUCAUAUCCAUUCCCUUAUGAAUGUUCUUCGCUACUGUAAUCUGGAUGAAUCUCUUCUAGAGGAGGAUAGUCUUGUUUGCUAUAAUGCCUUGGAGCGACUGCACAAAACCAAGGAGCUCGACUACAUGAGUUAUAUUGUACUGAGGAUGUUUGAGAAUAUCGAGGUUCCUUUGGAAGACCCGAAAAGGUACCGAAUAGAGAUGACCUAUAGCCGUGGUGCUGACUUAUCCCCCUUGGAGAAGAACGACAGUGAGGCCACAUCAUUACAUCAGGAACACACACUGCCUAUCAUGGGUCCGGAGAGACUGCAAGAAGUAGGAUCGUAUCUGACGUUAGAAAAAAUGGAGAAAAUGGUUCGACCAUUUGCUAUGCCACCAGAAGAUUUUCCUCCACCUUCAACCCCUGCAGGAUUCUCUGGCUACUUCUCAAAGAGUGCUGCCGUACUAGAGCGUUUGGUCAAUCUCUGGCCUUUUCAUAAGCACGAUAAGCAUGCUGGUGCCAAUGGAAAGUAGAUUCUCACCUUUUCUUCAAAAGAAUAUCUUCCCUUUCUCCUUCCCUUAAAUUUAUCACGUCUUUCACAUUCUUUUGUUAUUUUACACGUUGCGCCUAAUCUUUAGUUUUUAGCGGACCAGCUGAGGUGAGUUUGAGCUCUUCUGGCAUAAAAUUUUGGAUCAAACUAACUUCUUUCAACAGUGGAAUGAAAGAUUGUUGUUGGAAGUAACCUUAGCUGAAACUGACCUGGUUUACAAUCUUUUGUUGUAGUAUUUGUUUCUUCAAUUAAUUGGGUAUAGCUCACGAACAA